CUUAAAUCUAUGCACAUGGUAUACUAGUUUAUAUUUUGUACUAAACUCUAUUUGCAUUAAGUAUAUAUAAUUACAUAUCUAGAGCCAAACAUAAACAGCCAAAACUUGAUUAAAAUAUGUAUACCUGAGCAUUCAAAUAAAUUUACAAAUUAGGUCGAUAUCAAACAAACCCGUAUUCUUUCGAUAAUUUAAGAGAAUCAUUCCAAUCAAAACUCUAAUUUGGAGAACUGUUCCAACUACACGGUCCAGCUAGCCUUAGUGAAAUCCUUACAAACAAAACCGUAUUUUUCGAGAGACUAGCCAAUGCAUCUUUGAUCAAAACCAGCAAUUAUUAAACCCGAAAAGCUGAGUAAUUAAUUAAGAGAGAUCCAAGAACUUUAUGUAACGAAGAAACUCGGAGUAUAAGGCAUUGCCACAUUGGCUUUCCAUCGUAGAGCUGAAAGACACAUUUAGGUUUUCUUGGUGUGGAAAUUAUCAUUUCCCGCUGAGACUGCUAUCAUGUGAUCCAUACUGGUGAAAACUAUUCACUGCUCUGGGACUUUUAAUAGAAUGGCUUGUAUGGCUUAUUCAUCGACCUUAAGUUCGACUCUAUUUAUAUCCCAUGCCAUUAGAAAAUCUUUGCAAAACCUUUUGAUUUCCUAAUUUAGUCAAGGCUCUAAAGUAAAUCAUGCAUAACUGAUUAUAUCUGAUAUUUGUCGCUAUAUCCAUCAUCAUGAAAACCAAAUAACUAAAUAGAUUCAUGUUCCCAAAAUAGCUAGUGAUUCAGAGAAUCUCCCGCUUCCUCUGAAAAUCACACAAAUACGGAUAUUUCUCAUACUCCUGAUUCUCUGUUUCCACAGAAACGAUGUUCAACAGCAAGAAGGAGUCCAAUGGCACGGCCUCUCGAACGGGAGCAGACUCGCCGUUCUUGCAAAAGGCACGCUCGGGUAAAACCGAGGUAAGAGAGCUAGAAGCCGUGUUCAAGAAGUUCGACGUGAACGGAGACGGCAAGAUCUCGUCAAAGGAGCUAGGCGCCAUAAUGGCGAGUCUAGGCCACGAGGUUCCAGAGGAGGAGCUUCAGAAGGCGGUAGCAGAGAUCGACAAGAAAGGAGACGGUUACAUAAACUUGGAGGAGUUCGUUGAGCUGUUCACGAAAGGGAUGGACCAGAACGAUGUGCUGGAGAAUCUUAAGGAUGCGUUCUCUGUUUAUGAUAUCGACGGGAACGGGUCUAUUUCCGCGGAGGAGCUGCAUGAGGUUUUGAGGAGUCUUGGAGAUGAAUGCUCGAUAGCGGAGUGUAGGAAGAUGAUUAGUGGUGUGGAUAAGGAUGGAGAUGGGACUAUUGAUUUUGAGGAGUUUAAGGUUAUGAUGACUAUGGGAUCUAGGCGUGAUAAUGUCAUGGGAGGAGGUGCUCAGUGGUAGAGUUUCUCAUUUUCUCUUCUACUUCUUCCUCCUCUUUGGGGUUGCAUUAACUUGAUAAUUUUCAAAAAAAAAAAAAAAGAUUUAACUCUUUUGUUCUGUUUUCGUUCUGCUUUAGAACUAUGUAAUUGUGUAAAAGUUAUGUGAAUAAAAGAUUUGUUGCAAAAUUCUGUACCAUUUCAAUUAGAAGAUGGAAGAUUUGUUGUUUUCUUUGGGAGCAGGUUAACAUUAGAGGUGUACCUGAUAAUGGGAAGAUGUGAAUACAUCUUCUUCCUUAGGGUGGACCAUGUCAGUUGUUGAGCAUUUUGCUUACAUGAUAAUAAAAAGCUUCACGGUGGAUCUUUGUUCCCUUGAUGCUUCCUCUCAUAGAUCUGUUCUGAUCAUAAAAGAAGAGAAUGGAGCUGACACAACCACCCAAUUUAAGGUUUGCGUCUUAGAUCUCUGUCAUCUACGAUCAUAGAUGUCAUGAAAGAUUUCACAAGAAGGGUUAAGUAAGUUACUAUCAUCUCAGGAGACACCUGGUGCUUUAUAAAUAAUGAGCAUCAUCCUGUAAGUUUUCUAGGCUUUACUUGUUUCAUCUUUUUAAGAUUGUUUUUUUUUUGUAGACGUCCGGGGCUUACGUCCGUAGGGCCAGGGACAAGGACCGAUUUUUUUCGAUUAGAAAAACAUAUAGCGAUCGAGAUUUCUCUAUGAACUAGUUGGAUUACCUCUUAAAGAUUACAACAAACGAGAGAAAAGAGAUUAGAACAGUAGACUCAUUACAUUAACCAAAGAUAUUUACAUUGAAAGAUAAAGAGAAACUCUAAUACAUAAAGGAUCACCUAUCUUUAUCUCUCUUUGUUAUCAAUUCCCAACGGAGAUAGGCCUGUCUCUCUCUCCUAAGCCGAGGGGAGAACGGGAACGCCGUGGACUAGUGAUCUCUCGAAGCACCCUAGGCAUCUCAGGCUGAUGUAUCUUCUCAAACUCUUUUUUGAUCUUCACGACUUGGAUAUGGAUAGGAGGAA